AUGCCGGAACUGGCGCGGUCAAUCCCGCGCUCCUGGACGUCGACCUUGAAACUUCCUAAAUCGACAUUCCCCCCGCGAGUCUCAGCCGUCGACCGGACGAAAUACCUCAAACGAUGCACCGAUGAUCUCUACGCCUGGCAACAGCGAGAACGGCCAGCAAACCAACCAUUUGUCCUGCACGAUGGUCCGCCGUACGCGAACGGCGAGCUGCACAUCGGUCACGCUCUGAACAAGAUUUUGAAGGAUAUAAUUUGUCGCGUCCAAUUGGGCAGAGGUAAGAGGGUACGCUACGUACCCGGCUGGGACUGUCAUGGACUGCCCAUAGAGCUCAAGGCACUGCAAAACCUACGCGGUCUGGACAUUGAGAAUGAAUCAGUCAGUCCGGCAGUGAUCCGUAAAUCAGCCCGGCAGCUCGCGCGACAGACUGUGAAGGAGCAAAUGAAAGGAUUCCGAGGUUUCGCGGUCAUGGCCGAUUGGGAGAACCACUGGAAAACAAUGGACAGGCAGUUUGAGAUGCGGCAGUUGAGUGUCUUUCGGGAAAUGGUUGAUCGUGGUCUGAUCUACAGGAAAUUCAAGCCUGUUUACUGGUCGCCUUCAACGGGUACGGCUCUCGCGGAAGCGGAAUUGGAAUAUAAGGAUGACCACGUCUCGACUGCUGCAUUAAUCGCGUUCCCUCUUGUUGAUAUCCCGAAACACAUCUCCGAAAAUCCCCUUCUUUGCGGGAAGACGUUGAGCGCUGUGAUUUGGACUACGACGCCCUGGACCCUACCUGCCAACGCUGCCAUCGCGGUUCAUGAGGACUUGGAAUACACCAUUGUACACUCGGAAAAACAUGGCCAUCUACUUAUCGCUCAGUCCCGAUUUGAGUAUCUCCAAAACAUGCUCAAGGAGGAACUGUCUGUCAUCGUUCCCUCUGUCAUGGGCUCUGAACUAGCAGAGAAGACGACGUAUCGACCUCUCUUCAAGGGACCCGACGGUGAACCCCAGCCCAUCAUUGCGGCUGACUUUGUCACUGCAGAUUCUGGCUCUGGUAUGGUUCACUGCGCGCCUGGUCAUGGUAUGGACGAUUACGAAGCGUGUCUUUCACGCGGCAUCCCCGUGUUUGCUCCAGUCAAUGACAAGGGCGAAUUCACCGAUAAAGCCAUGCCCCUUGACCCCACCAGACUCACCGGGAAGCCUGUCUUGGGAGAAGGUAACACUGCAGUCUUGCAGUGGGCUGAGUCGUGUGAUCGAUUGCUUGCUCAGCACAAGUAUGAGCACAAGUACCCCUACGACUGGCGGUCCAAGCUUCCAAUCAUCAUCCGGGCCACUGAGCAGUGGUUCGCCGAUGUGGCCGAUAUUCGUGGCCCCGCGCUUCGAGCAUUGGAAGAUGUGCGAUUCGUUCCCGAGGCUGGAAAGCAACGACUGGAAAAUUUCGUCAAGAAUCGCAGUGAAUGGUGCAUCUCACGACAGCGCGCUUGGGGUGUUCCAAUUCCUGCAAUUUACCAUCGGACUACUGGUGAGGCUGUCCUCACCAAGGACAGUGUCUCACACAUCAUGACUACCAUUGAGGAGCGAGGCAUUGAUGCCUGGUGGACCGACAGUCCAGAUGAUGUCGCGUGGAUUCCUCUGUCCUUGCGAAACGAACCUGGGACGGGGUACCGACGUGGAACUGACACGAUGGAUGUUUGGUUUGACAGUGGUACAAGUUGGGCCGAGAUCGAUAUCCCCAUCGAAGGACGUAGUCACCUAGCCGACGUGUAUCUUGAGGGUACCGAUCAGCACCGUGGUUGGUUCCAAUCCGGACUUCUCACGCACAUUUCUCACCAGCUUGCAUCGGGUCAAACCUCCACACUUCGUGCACCCUUCAAGAAUUUGAUCACCCAUGGGUUCACCUUGGACGAGGAGGGGCGGAAAAUGAGCAAGUCCAUCGGCAAUACCAUUCACCCGCAGACUAUCAUGGACGGGACUUUACUGCCUCCUCUCAAACCCCGCAAGGUCAAGGGGAAGAAAGCACCCGAGAACCCGGAGCCUGUGUAUGAUGCGCUUGGCCCCGACGCUCUCCGCAUGUGGGCAGCGAGCAGCGACUACACGCGCGACGUGGUUAUUGGUAAACAGGUACUCCAGACCGUCAAUACCAGUCUCCACAAAUUCCGUGUCACUUUCAAAUUGCUACUGGGCGCCCUCGCCGAUUUCCACCCAGAUCACAUUGUGCCGUACGAAAAGCUGCAGCUUGUGGAUCGAAUCGCCUUGAAGCAUCUCUCCGAUAUGGUGCUGACGUCCCAAAAGGCAUGUGAUAACUUCGAGUUCUACAAAGCCGUGAGCACGAUGAACCGGUGGGCCAACCUCGAGUUUUCCGCUUUUUACAUGGAAGCUAUUAAAGACCGACUGUACACUCUGGGUGAAAACAGCACCAGCCGCCGCGCCGCGCAGACCACCCUCUUCUAUAUUUUCGGUCACCUUCAGGAAGUGCUGGGUCCCAUCACUCCGAUGCUUGUGGAAGAGACCUGGGAACACACCCCGGACACCCUCCGCUCUCUUAGCGAGCAUCCCUUGCAGCGCAUCUUCUCCGCCCCCGCACCGGAAUGGCAGGAUGCCUAUCUGGACAGCAGCUACCAGGAGCUGACCGUGGUUCACUCCGCGAUCAAGAACUUGCAGGAGCAAGCGCGCAGUAAGAAGCAACUGGGCUCAUCUCUGCAAUCUUUUGUGCACCUUGUUCUGCCCACCAACACCUUCCAACAAUACCUGCCAGAAUUACCCGACCUCUUUGUUGUGUCUUCGAUUACUCUCGCCUCUCCAACAGAUCCUGUUCCCCCUGAGAUUGCUGCGGCGGAGUGGCAGUACUCCGAAACCUUUGAGCUUGGUGGCCAGGCCCAGGUGCACGUGUAUGCACCCCAGGCCUCCAAGUGCCCCCGAUGCUGGCGGUACGCUCUCCCGGUGGCAACGAAGAACGCCAUCUGCGACCGAUGUGAGACAGUCGUGCAUGCGCAUGAACUGCAUUAA